AUGAUUGCUCAGGAAUUCCUACUCGAAUCAGCUGAAGAGGUCGAGGACGUCCAUGCGGACUUCUCCAAACCUGCCGCCCUGGCCGUCCUCGGUGGCGUGUGUAGAUAUUGGAGAGAGUGCACCGUCGGGACACCAGCUCUCUGGCGAUCCAUCCUGGUACGCGACCGACCCGAAUGGCUCGAUCUUUGUCUCGAACGGUCCCAGUCCCUCAAGCUCAGCAUCGUCUUCGUGAAACCCUCCCUUUUCGUGGCUUCCUCGGAUAUCCUGUUCCAGAACAUCGAUCGCAUUCAGAUACUCGCCCUAUGUUCCGCAAGCGAAGUGGCUCAUGAACUCCUCGACAGACUGUUGGACGCUCCCAUGCCUGCCCUGGAGGAGCUCCGCGUCGACUCCGCAAAUGAAGAGGAUUGCUGGUUUUUUGGCGACAAGCUUUCGGCCUCCCCGUUUUUGCAUACUGUCUGCUUCAGCCACGUGGGACUCGAUUGGCACUCCGUUGGCGUGCAGAGGCUCCGUAGCAUAAAGCUCAACGACUGGCGGAACCACGAUCCCAACGAGCACAUGCCCUUCGCGGACUUCCUGCGAUGCCUCGGCGCGUGCCGUAACCUGGAAGAGCUCUUCCUUGAUUACGCUUUCCCUUGUAUCUCUGUCGCUCGCCAAGUCAAGCGUGCUGAUCCCAUCCCCCCCAUCUCCCUCCCGCGUCUGCGCUUCCUCUCCUUGAUCUUUCCGCCUCUCUGCACCUUUUUUGAGGCCCAAUCCGCACCCAACCUGUACCAUUUCUUCGCUCACAUCAACAUCCCGCUCACCGCUGAGGUCGAGAUAUACGUGCAGGUCGACGAUGAUUACCGGUAUGUCGCCCGCGACCGUGGCUUCCCGGAGUACUUCCGCGACUACCUCCCAUGCGACCCUGCGCGUCUGCCUAUCCUGCGAGCCGCGACCGCUGCGACGAUUACACCCACGUACUUCCGCUGCGCGGUCGACGGCGCGGACGUUGGUUCGCUGUGGCUCGAGAUCGCACACGUCGGGAGCCGCGUCGACAACCGUGUGCCGCAGUACGAGCGUUUUCUGCAGGACGCGUACGCCUUACUCAAAGAAGCCCCGAUCAAGCGCGUGCAUAUCAGCCGGGUCGACGCAUCCGUGGAGGCGUGGCGGGAGUUCUUCAAGACGUUCCUAGCGAUUGAGGAUCUGACUAUUGGGCGGUGUGGCGUUAAUAUUCGGGAGGAGUGUAUGUCCGCGUUGGAGGCCCUCGGUGAUCCUUCCGAUAUUGCUCUCAAGGACCUUCGCGUGCUCAAGAUCGAGAAGAUGGAAUGGACGUCGGAGCUGGCGGACGCUAUCGCCCAAGCUUUGCGGGUGCGUUCCAAGGAAGGAGCUACACCGCUCACCGGGCUGCGCCUCAGGAUGUAUGGCCUGGAUAGAAACUCAGCGGAGUCCAUGGCGUUUCACGAGGCAGCUCUUGCGACGUUGCGAUCACUUGUGGACGGGAUCGUGUCGUAUGAGGACUGGAAGCUCUCUAACUUGCGAGGGGAUUGCUCUGAGUGCAGUACGUUAUCUUCAGCUACAAUUUCUGAUGGGGACUACGCACGAUAA